UCCAAGAACCAGAUGAAGCUGACUGGUAUCAAGAAAAAUGGACGAUUUAGUUCGAAUUCGUGCAGUAUUGCAGCAUCAUCAUCGUGACAGGGCCCCAUUUGCUGCCAUGCAACAUUUUCAGCAGGAAAUGGGUUAUGACCAAAUUAUAAACAACCGUGGCAGGGGGAGAAUAUAUCGCUAUCAGGGACCUCACCCCGGAAGAGUACCGGGUCCUGCAAGGGGUGAGCCCAAGUGUCAGCGAAUUAAAAUUGAGGAUGAUGUUCUCAGGUAGAAUUAUGUGAUUGUAAAUACUUUUUUAUUAACCCAAAAUUGUUUCAUUCAUACUGUUUAAAGGUAAGAAAUGUAAGUUCAUUUAUAAAUGGCUGAUGGUGCUGAUCAAUAAAUUUUGUAUUAAAGUUACUUUGCUUUUUUUUUAAUGCAAAGAAGAAUGAAUAAAUUUUAAAACACUCAAGUCGAGAGUAGCUUAACAAAAGAAUUGUCUAACCGUUUAUAAUUACAGCUAUAGUGGUGGUUCUGAAGACCCUCCAGGCAUGUAUGUUGCUGCUCACAGUGUGGAUCAUUACAGUAAUUAUUUUGAAAUUGAGAUACUUGAUGUUGGAGACACUGGGCAAAUUGGUAAUUAAAUUAGUUUUAUAAUAGUUCAAGCUUUAUUUAUUCAGAAUUUAAUAAAAAGAUAAACCAUUAUAUAAUUUAUGUUAUAAUUAAAAAAAAAAAUUAUGUAUUAAAAACCAGAGUUGUGGGGGGGGUGUCCCACAAAAAUGUAAAGUAGAGUAUUUCAGAAUAUAGGAAGCUUUUAUGGUUAAUAUUAAUAGAAAUAUAUAUUUUCUGCCUCAAAAAAUACAAUUAGAGUUUUUUAUUCCAACCUCUUUGGCUAAUACCAAUAUGGAUUUUUUAACUAAGCGUUUCGAUAUUUUAGGAAUGACAUGAAAACAAUAUAAAAUAAUGAUGAACAAUGUUUGCACAUAUACUAUAAUUUUUUUUUUUUUUGGUCACUUGAUUGCAAUCAAAUAUGUUUUCUUAAAUUUCAACAAUUUAAAAAAAAUAAUGUUUUGAUUUGUUUUCUUGAUAGGAAUUGGUUUAGUAUCUGAAAACUCUUGUCUUAAUUGCCAUCCUGGUGUUGAAGCCAACUCUGUGGGGUAUGUGGCAGAGAAUGGAAGGUAAGUGCAGGGUUAAGCUUUUUGACAAAAUGCUCUCAAGACUGUUGGAUAAACAAAACAUAAGAACAAGGUAUGCUAAACUUGAAUAAAUAGACAGGACAAAAGAUUUGGACGUUUCGGCUUAGAGCCUUCACCAGCAAACAAAACAAGUAGAACAAGUAACAAAGCACAGUAAAAAAACUAUGGAGGUCUUCUAUGUAGUUGCCUGAAGUAGGAUUAUUAUGGAUAAACAAAAACAGGCCAAUCUUGGAUGAAAUACAUUUUAUCUGAAUUUAUUUGUAUUAAGAAUGUCAAGGAUUUAGUUUGUAAAUAAUCCAGACCAAAAAGGCUUUAACCCAAUAAAUUACUCUAUAUUUAAAAAAAAACAACAGGUUUUUUGUCAACCAUGGUCGUGGAAAUUCAGAUAUGAGCCAGUAUGGACCUCAGUGUGGGAUGGGUGACCGAAUGGGUGUAGGUAUAAGACCUAUUGAUGACCCAGCUGGAGGUGAUCGACACAGCUCAAAGAUUUUUUUCACACGCAAUGGUCAAGAGGUUAGCAACUGAUAUAUCUUAAAAGGUUACCGGAAAUUCGAUCGAAAGAAAUUUUUUCGACGGUAAAUUGAUCAACGGUAAUUUGAUCAAACAGAAAUUUGGUUGAAUCUUUUUUUAGUUCACACGUUAAAAUUUUCGUCAAAUUUCUUUUAGAACGCACUAUGCUAUAUAGUAAAACAAAAUAAUGUGUUAAAAAAGAAAUUUGAAGCAAAAUGUUAACGCUUGAACUGAAAAAAAGAUUCCACCAAAUUUCCGUUCGAUCAAAUACGGAUACGAUCUUAGAAUGGAUAUUUUAAAUAAUUAGUUUUAAAUCACACACAUUUUUAAAAAAUAAGAAAAUCAACAUAUAUUUGCAAGUUAACAUAUAUAGGCCUAUAUUAACUUUGUUUCAUUUUCAUCUCAUACUAUCAAAUUAAUGACAGGAGAAUAGUGGCCCUUUCACGUAACUAUCUUUUUACACCUCAUGCUUAGUGUCGAAUUCAUCCUCAUAAAAACUUGAUUAAAUUUCAAAAGGUGAAGAAUUUCGAUCUUGCACUAAGGCCAUAUCAGCUUUACCCUGCGGUAGGCAUGCAGUCAGAAGGAGAAGAGGUUAUACUAAGAUUGGAUGCAACAUGGAACCCAGAUGAUGUGACACAGAUGGUUGUAGAUUGUGGAGAAGAAGACUGGGUUCGCUUGGAAGAUGUGCGACUAAAUGGAACGGUAAUGCUGGCAUUCUAGUUUUAUAAAUAAUGGUUUUUUUAAAACUUGGGAGCUUUCUUAAAAUUUGUAUUAAAAAAAUUCUCACUUAUAUCCAGCCUGGCUAAUAAUAAAUACAUUGUUAAGCAGCAGUCUUUGUACGGACAGAAUCUGUUGAGCCCCUAAAUUACUCUGCUAAGGCCCAAUUUCUUCUUUACCUUUUUAAACCGGUGAUACAAAUUUCAAAUAGUUUUUCCAUUUAAAUUAAAAUCAAAGAAACAUAUUUGGCAAGUUUAGCUGGUGAUCUUUAUUACCAUUUAAUUCAAAACAUAGGCAUGUAUAUUAUGUGACACUAUUUGCAUUUAAUCUUGAUUAUUAUCUCCACCUCCUUGUUUUGAAGAGUCACUCUUAAAGAUACCUAAGGGGACUCACUCUUUUAAGGUCCCAUCAGGUAAUUAAAUUUUUUUUUUAAUCAUAUGGCAUAUAAUUUUAAUUUUUCAGACUUUAGAAUACACUGGCCGGGGAAGGACAAUCCAUGAUGUUGGGCUGGCCCAGGCUAAAUAUCCACUAGACACAACUAAUCACUACUUUGAGUUUGAGAUCGUAGAUCCUGGUGACAAAUGCUAUUUAGCUAUAGGUCUUGCAAAACAGGUAUAAAUUAGACUACUAUCGUAACAAUUUCAUUGUCAAACCACCAUGUGGUUUUUUUUUGUCAGUGUUGUUAAAUGAGGAGGUGCCCAUUCCAUACUGUUUAUAUCAGGACAGUACUGGAUUUUGUCCUGGUUUAUCGUGAGCUAAAACCCAUACACUUUAAGGUUAAAAAAAAUCUUUAAUGAUUCAUUUUUUUUAAAAAUGUAUCAAAAGAUAGGCCACAUCUGAUAUCCAGGCAUAAUUAAUGACACAACUAAAAUGAAUAUAAUUAAUCCAAAUUUGCAUUGCAUUAAUAUUUUUUUCAAAAGAACACCACACUAAAAGAUGAGCACCUGUUGUUAAAUGUAAACCAGUAGCGGUAAAUAGUUAGUGGUGUACUGUGAUUGUAUUUAUAAAGAUUUUCUUCACAUCUGUGCCCCAAAAAAAAAAAAAGAUGCCCUGAUACAAUUCUUUUCAAAUAGGCAUUUCGUUUUUCUAAUCUUUUUUUUUUUUAUAAAUGUAAACCAGUAGCGGUAAAUAGUUAGUGGUGUACUGUGAUUGUAUUUAUAAAGAUUUUCUUCACAUCGGUGCCCCAAAAAAAAAAAAGAUGCCCUGAUACAAUGCUUUUCAAAAAGGCAUUUCGUUGUUCUAAUCUUUGUUUUUGUUUGGGAACCUGAUACAAUGCUUUUCAAAAAGGCAUUUCAUUGUUCUAAUCUUUGUUUUUCUUAGGGAACCAUGUCCAUUCUUAUUCUUUUCUUUCUUUCUUAGGUGUUAAUAUGAUACACAUACAUUAUAUCAAUUUGAUUUAUAAUAUUACCUUUUGUUGUACUGCUAAAAGCAUCAGCUAAAACUUUUGAAUAUCUUCUUUGUCUCCUCAUAAUCAAGCCUAACAUGGAUCAUUUUAUUUGCACAAAUUGUUUGUCUUAUUAUUCUUCAAAAUGUGAGCUCUUGAAGCACUUUGCGUUGUAGUGGAAAUUUUACAGCUUUCCUGUAGUUAUGUGAAAAUAAUAAUAACAAAGUGCUAUACAAUGUUAGUAAAUGUAGUGCUCUCUACAGAAAACAUUGCCUUGUGGCUUCUAAAUUUAAUUACCAGUAUAUAUAUAUAUAUGUAUAUAUAUAUAUAUAUAUUUUUUUUUUUUUUUAAAUAUAUUUUUUUUAAUGUUAAAUGAUUUGACCAUUAAAUAACAAGAACGAUAGUUUUAAUUGUUGAACUGAUUACGUUCAAAGAGAGUUUUAGUGUUAAAAAAGUAUCCCAUCUUUGAUGCCCUUUCAGACCACUAAGGUCAUGCUAAGUUAAAAACAACUGAUUUAACCCAUUCAGCCUUUCAUGGAUUUCAUUGGUGGGAUGUGCACAGAUACAAGCGGAGGCCUUCAAUGUGCAUCACAUGGUAUAGUUAAAUGUUUUGAGGAGGAAUGAGGCCAAACUAUUUUAUUGAAAAGGAGACUGCUGUCGCAUUAUUUUUAAUAAAUGAGCUUUGUCUUGAUUUAAUAAAAGUGGAAUAACUUGUUUUCUAGAACUAUCCAAUGAGAAGGCAUCCUGGCUGGAACAAUGGAUCAAUAGCAUACCAUGCUGGUAAGUUGACCUGAUUGCACACAAGUUCAGAUCUCUCUGAAGCUGUAUGGUUUGUAAGCUGCUUAAGCUUAUUUACUGUUAUAAAGAAAAGAGUGAAUUACCUUGUAAGGUUUUGUGUGUAAUUUAAAUUUCAUUUCUCACUUCAGUCUUUAUCAGUACCAUAACAAAUGGAAGAUUGUUAUCCUCUCUGUGAUAUGACUAACAAAGACACGGAAUCUAACCCAUUAAACAUAGCGUUCUGCUCCUGCCAGAUAAUUAUAAUUCACAUCGAAUAUGUUUUUAUUACAGAUGAUGGGAAAUUAUUCCAUGGCUCUGGGAUGGGAGUUCAGUUUGGUCCAAAAUGUUCCAUGGGUGAGUGCUUGAUCUAUUCAUAAAAGUUGAACCUGGGAUAGCAAUCGCCCCAUUUAACAAACAAAUAAGUGAACCAACAAGUUCUGUGAACAAUUAUUUUCUGUCAGGGUCAACGAAUGAUACCUCAUGGUACAAACAUACUCGUAUGCCAGUACACACAUUGCCACCAGCUCAGUAGUGCUUUCGCGCUUUUGCAGUUUGUCGGAGUGCUGUGUUAAAAAAAGCACCUUUAUGAGGGUUAUUUUUGCACUUUUUGUCUUAUUUUAGCCCCCAUAAUGACAUCUAUAUUAUAGUACUCAUUUUAGUGUGGAAGUAAAGAAAAAAAUUAUAUUACUAUAUUUAAAUAUGAUAAUCUUCUUAAUUUUUCUAACAUCUCCAAGCAAUAUACAAAUGUCCCUCAUUUAUCCUGGUCAAUCACUUCCAGAGUCUACCGCAAUAAAUUAAUUUCCACAAAGCAUGAUUCAUCAUUUAUGAAUGGAAUAUUUUCAUAGUUAGAGCAUAGAAAACCUGUUCACGGCCCUCUAAGUGAAGUUUUUAACAUUAUUAGAACCUCUGGGUGGUGCUCGGAUACCUAGUCCUACAGUCCAUACAUACAGUAAUUUUAAUUGUAUACAGGGGUGUAUAAUUGACUCAGACAACCGACCUUUCACUAUCAUUCUCACUUUCACUAUCAUUCUCACUUUCACUAUCAUUCUCACUUUCACUAUCAUUCUCACUUUCACUAUCAUUCUCACUUUCACUAUCAUUCUCACUUUCACUAUCAUUCUCACUUUCACUAUCAUUCUCACUUUCACUAUCAUUCUCACUUUCACUAUCAUUCUCACUUUCACUAUCAUUCUCACUUUCACUAUCAUUCUCACUUUCACUAUCAUUCUCACUUUCACUAUCAUUCUCACUUUCACUAUCAUUCUCACUUUCACUAUCAUUCUCACUUUCACUAUCAUUCUCACUUUCACGAUCAACUUUUUAAUGAAUACAUUUUAUAUUGAAAGAAACAAAAUGUGAUAGAUUGGAGCCGCGAAAGUUGAAGCACGAAGUGUCGAGGGAGGACUGUAAUGAAUAUUUCAAUUGCCUGCUUUUUUUUUCUUUUAUUACUGAAAAAUACUUUAAAAUGUAAAAAUAACAUUUUUCUAAUACUGGAAAAGAUUAAUUCCAUUUAUAUUGAUUGGUAUGGGAAAAAUGAUUUUGGUUUGUGAACAUUUCUGUUUAAUAACAGAGUCACAGAACAUUUUAAGUUUAUUAUCCCAGGUUCCACUGUAUUUUGUUGAUGUCAGCUUGACAGAUUCUGCAACUCAUACACUUAGACACAACUGUAUUAUUGUAAGAGGUGUAAGAUACUAAGGGAUUGCCAUUGAGAUUCUCUGGAUUGAAACUUGGUUUUUAAAUUUAAAUCUUUGUAUGCUUAAUACAAGGUGACAUGACAAUCUGAUCUUUUUCCACCCGUGGCAGGUGACACCAUGGGUUGUGGGAUCUACUUCCCCCCAGACUACGACAAUGAAACAGAGGCACUGAGCAAUGAUGAGGACGAUGAUGGCAUGAGUCAGGAGGAUGAAGAUCUGGAUGAGGAUGAAGAUGGCCAGCUGGAUGACAUUCUUGGUCUUGGUGACUCGGAUGAUGAAGAUGACCCAUUUUUUCGACCUCCCAAAAGACGUCACCACAAGGGGAAGGCUGCAAAAGUAACAGUAAGGACUUUCCAUAAAAAUUCAUCAGGGCUUGAUAUUGACCAUAGGGUAUUGGCAGAUCAAGCCGGAGGAACAAAAUAUGCCUUUAAAAUAGCGGUUCUCAACCUAUGGGUCGCGACCCCUUUGGGAGUCGCAUGACCCUUUCACAGGGGUCGCCUAAGACCAUCUGAAAACAUAUAUACUCUACAGUUAUAAAGUAUCAAGUGAAAAUAAUUGUGUGGCUGGGGGGUCGCCGCAACACAAGGAACUGUAUUAAAGGAUUGCGGCAUUAGAAAGGUUGAGAACCACUGCUUUAAAAGAAAAAAAUACAUGGAGUAAAUGAUAACAUAGAUUAAAAAUUGUACUAAUUAGAAUGUCAAACCCUGAAUUUAUUUUUUGCAAAGUCUGGGUUGAUGUCGUAAAACUAAAUGUUGUGAGUGUUUAGUUCUUUUGUUUUACGUCUAUUUAAUUUUUCUGUGACAUUAUUUUAUUUGGUCUUUUGUUGUUGUUGUUUGACAUCUCUUUUUUAUUUUAAAAACAUGUCAGUUAUUCAGUUGCUUCCGCAAAUUCAUCUAAUUUUUCUUAAACUGAAACCAAAGUCAUGGGCUCAUUUUAAAUGAAACUUUUAUCACAAACAGGAGUAAAAAAGUAAUUAUCAAAUCACAGAGUGAUGCAAAAAUUGUCUAACUCUCAAGGAUGUCAGGCUAACAAAUCCAUCAACAAAGUAACAUUUGUUUCAUGAAGAUGUGGCUUUUCCUAUUUUCAGAGGGAUUCCCAAUUUUCCUUCUGACAUUUCUAAGCCAAAAGAAACAAAUACUACAAUUUUUUUUUUUUUCUGUGCUGACAGUCUGAUUACUUCUCUGUUUUAAUGUUAAAGUAUUUGUUGCCACCUGCUUAAAUGAAAUUUAUUUUAACCAGUUUUAAAUACAAAAGAAACUGUUAGUUUUAAGAAGUAGGUGAGGGCUUGACUUCAGACCAAACACUUGCUAGUGCCCUCAUCUUUAUUAGUUCUCCACAUAGAGAGUUCAUGUCUUUGAAUGUUCAUGAGCUUUCCUGGAGAAUAAGUCAGAAGUCAUAUUACUUUGGAAGUGCUGCCUACCACAGCAGUUUUAGCAUCUUGGUAGAAAUUUGAAACCUGUGUUAGAUUUCUUUAAGAAUUGCUACUAGCUCACUCCCUUAAGAAAAACAGCAAGCUGUCGAGCCAGAGCUCAUUAAGUCCUCCCCAAUGUACCCCCUCUUCCCUCCAACUCAAGUGGCGUAAUUCUAGUCGGACCCUGAAGUGUCACCUCAGGGGCAUUCCUGACUAUGUGAGUGGGGCGGCAUCAAUGAAGGAACACCUGGUUGGCUGGUGGUGCUGCUCUCACAACACCUGCAGUUGAACUUUCUUUGGACUAUAUUUUAAUGUCCACAAAAAAAAACUCUUCCCAUGCUGGGGUGGUGACCAGACACCCUCUAAUAGGGUUUCUACACAUGGUUUCUACUUUGUGAUUGGGUCACAUUGUAGCUGGGAUGGAACGGUUGCCUAGGAGCAGUCCCCUCAUAGGAUAGACUGCAUGAUAAAGAAGUGCUGCUCAUCUCAGUGGUUUUAACACCUUCAUAGAAAUUUGAAACCUGUGUUAGAUGUGUGUAAGAAAAUUGUGGUUGCAUUUAUAAAGCUAAUGAUAAUUUAGAGUGGAUUGCAGUUGUAAUACUCUAAAAGAUUUCUCAAUCCAAGAAUGCAAUCAACAAUUUGGGGAUGAAAAAUAUAGACCUACUCUUUUUUUUUCAGAAUAUUUUAUAGUAAUGAUUGUAAAACAUUACAUAGACAUUUUUUUAAUUAUAACUACAGACAAUUUUAUUAAUUAUAAAUCAAUCAGAAACCAUCACUGUUGAAAAUGAACUCUCAGCAUUCAUAUUCAGCUUGUGAUAAUGAUUGAUCACUAUUAGGAUAUUCCUCAAAGUCACUUUCUGCACACAAUAUCCAGCAAUAAAGAAAAUUUUCAAUGCAUCCAUUCAGUUGUGGAUGUUUGUAAAUUAUUAUUGGUGUGUUUUUUUUUCCUGCCCGCCAUCAUAUCUAGUGAGAAUCAAGUCCAAGACUGUAACACACCUUUUUUUUUUUGUUGUUGUUCUUCAGGUAUUUUUUACAAGGAAUGGCAAAGUGAUAGGUCACAGAGAAGUGACGGUGCCCAAAGGGGGUUUCUACCCAACCAUCGGAAUGCUCAGCUGCAAUGAAAAGGUCAGAGUGGAUCUACACCCACUUACAGGCUAGAGAUGUUACUUAUAGUUUUUAGUUAAAUAAUCUAAAUUGAAAUAUUUCCUGUGUCAUGGGAUGGAUGGAUUAGACUGAAUGUUUUACUAGUGUCACAUGUUUGAAGGGUGUGUCAUCACAAUGGAUUUGUGGCCAGACAAUUUUAUUUAAAAUGCAGGCCUGGCCAUCAUUAUGAAUAUAAUGAAUAGACGAUAAGCUUGAGUGUAAACUUUGGAUACCCUACUUUGAUAUGCCAUUCUGAAGUAUCAGGAGAGUCUUUGAUAUGCCGUUCUGAAAUAUCAGGAGAGUCUUUGAUAGGCCAUUCUAAAAUAUCAGGAAAGUCUUUGAUCAGCCAUUCUUAAAUAUCAGGAAAGUC